ACCCGUCCACCUCUUCCCUCCUCCCUCUUCUCCUCCGUCCAUCCCCUGGCGCCUGUAAUCACCAGGCAGUCUGAGGCUAAGUGGUAGUUUGGGCUGCGCUGGGGGGGCUUGGAAGCCACACCCCUCCUCCUGGGGACCUCCUGGCCAUUCCCCAGCAUCCUGGUGUCCUCCACUGUUGAGAUGGGUCUCAAGGGGGCAUGGUGCUUCCCAUGGUGUGGGUGCCGGAGACAGCGGGGGACUGAGAGAGAAGCAGGCCUGGAUCCCGCGGCCCCUCCAGACCCGAAUCCCAGCCCAGCUCCAGCCCCCAUCGUGGCCGAGGGAGGGAUACCCUCCUCCGGCGCUUACUUCAGCCGGAAAGCCCGACUCUCCUUCCGCCACCAGCUGCACGACCUCGCAUCCGCCAACGACUCCACCAUCUGAUGGGGA